AUGGAGCACUACCCCAAGGAGAAACUGGAGGUGGACCAUGAGGCCCUGAGGAAGGAGCGACAGAGGGAGGCGGCCCGGGCCGCCCUUCGGAAGCAGCGCCUGCGGGCCGUGGCGGGUGAGGGCGAGGCGGACUGCAAGACGCUGGACUCCGAGGGCUCCCAAGAGGACCUCGAGCUGCAGCUGAGCCGCGCGGCCGAGGCCGUGCCGGAGGCCUCCAUGAGCAUCUUCCGGGCGGGGGAGGUGCCGGCAGAAGGUCGGGGGGCGCCGGCGUCGGCUCGCACACCACCCUCGGAGUCCGCAGGCAGCGCCGACACCGCCUUGCCCUACCAGGGCAAGGUCUACAAGGGCAUGGCGGUCCGGCCCCGUGGCUGCGGCACCCCGAGGCGGAAGAUGCUGGCCGGGGAGGUCUACCGGAGCUCCCUGGAGGUGCAGGAAAAGGGCGAGGGCUACGCCCUCUCUCCGGGCCGGGUGCUCUCAACCAGGCCGCACUAUCAGGUGCCGGACGAGAACCACGCGGAGGUCGCGAAAGCCGACGCCCCAAAGCAGCGCGGCAUCCUCGGGUGGUUCCACUGA